AUGGCAAAUCGAGACUGUGUGCGAACGAACUGGAACAAGGAAACCGAUGGCCCCAUGCGUUCGGAGACGAAGGCGCUGAUGCGAGACGGCAGAAGGCACGAAAGUUUACGGGAUCGCCUGGCUGGAAUUCUCAAACAUGAGAACCCUGUGGGCAUGACGGUGCUGGUCAUAUCAACUCUUAACGUCCUUUUCGCCCUCUUUGGCAACGACUUUCAGCUGGCCUUCUUCGAUAAAUCGGCAGACAGAGGGUUCCAAAUCGGCUUCAUCGUGUCCUUCGUACUGUUCCUCGCCGAGAUGAUCGUCACUGCUCUCAUCGAGGAAAACUACAAAUGGAGUUUCUUUUUCUGGCUAGACGUUGUUGCUACUGCAUCACUCUGCCUCGAUGUGCCGUGGAUCGUCGAUCCUAUCUCCGCUUUUCUCUUCGGAGAAAAAUCGGCUCCAGAUACGGGUGUCCGGGGGUCCGCGGCGAGGGCAGGAAGAGCCGGCAGAAUAGGAGGCAAGUCCACAAACAGGACCGGCAAAAGUGGUUCUGAAAAAGGGUGGCUGACAGCCGAAGGAUGGGAGAAGCUACUUUGGGUCUAUAAAGAGAGCUAUGGUGGGAAAUACUUGAGCGGAGAGCCCUUUGAGCGCCAUCUUUUGUCCCUUGAGGUGCCUGACCUAGAAGGGGGAGGAAGGGUGAGGGCUCUGGAUAAAAUAACAUCUGCAGAUGGCUCCUUUCUGUUCAGCUCUUUCACACAUAUCCUUGUUAUCGAGCCUAUUGAAAAGAUGGUCCAGAUCAUCAAGCAACUCGCGCGAGAUCCCCUAAAAAGGCCGCAGGUCACUGACAGUGAAGAUGCGACGACGUCGAAGAAUAACAGGAAUGAGAGCAAGCUUGAAACGAGUAUGCUGGAAAAUACAAUCUUGAAGAUAGGAGGCCUCAUGCAGCUUGGUUUCGGUCAGGCAGGGGCGGAGAUAAUUGCGCAAAAUAUGUCAUCUGAAGGCGGAAGCCUUGACUUGCUCAUUCCGGGACGGAAAGUUCAUGGUGUGUUUGGCUUUGCCGACAUUGUCAAUUUCGAAGAUAUUACUGAGUGUCUCUCCGAAGAAGUCAUGGUCUUUGUCAACAAAAUUGCUCGAAUAGUUCACCACUGUGUCAACGAGUGGGGAGGAACGACCAACAAGAAUAUCGGCGACUCCUUCUUUGUUGUGUGGCUAGUGGAGGACGAAGAAGAGCGGGAUGCGGCUGAUAGCAUGUCGCUCGCGCGCACGUCGGUUUUAGGCUUUGGCAAGAGCUCGCAGACAGAUACAGCUCUCAAAAAGGUGAAAGAGUUAUGCAACAAGUCGCUCUUCGCAUUUUUAAAGAUACUUGCUGAAUUUUGUCGAGCGUCGGACCUAGCAGCGUACGCUAAACACCCGAAGAUCAUUCCUCGUUUUGGCGCUGGGUACAGCGUGCAUCUGAACCUGGGGCUCCACUGUGGUUGGGCAAUACAAGGGGUCGUCGGAUCAAAGUUCAAGAUUGACGCCUCAUAUUUCUCUCCACACGUAAACAUGGCAGCACGCCUACUGAGUGCUACAAGGCACUUCGGCGUAAACAUCUUGUUCUCCGACACGUUUCAUGCCAACCUCUGCACGCAAGCGCAGUCUCGUUGCCGACAAGUGGACAGUGUUGUCCUAAAGGGCACUCACAGCCCCGUAAAGAUAUUCACCUUUGACAACAUUAGAAACGCGUUUGAGGGAUCCCAAGUUGACCCGCCCAAGCUAGGAAAUUUUCACCCUCCCGACGAUGUUUUGGAAGCAAGCGAAAACAUCGACUGGAUGUUCAUGGUGGACCAAGAUAUUGCUAUGAUGCAACGAGGAAUAACAGUAGAGUUUCAAGCGAUGUGGAGGCAAGCCCUCGAAAACUACUUGAGAGGGGAGUGGAAUAAAGCAGAAGAAUUCGCGAGGAAAUGUCUUAUGAUGAUGCCAGACGACGGCCCGUCCUCACAUCUGCUCAGUUUUUUGAAGAGUUUCGACGGCGUCCCGCCUGCUGAUUGGCAAGGAUACCGACACUUGAAAAUGAAGUAG